CUUGUAGCAGCCAGACAAAUCACCUCAUGUGGAAAACGCUUCAAAGCCUUAAAGCUAAAGUUGACAGUGUCCGCUCUGACUGAAUAGAAAGAUUGGAUUUUGGCUAGCAGGCUAACUUUAGCAUCAUCCGGUGGUUGUCGGUGACGUUGUCGUUUGCUAUGAAGGCGACGGCGAAACACAAGGUGGUGACAUCAGGGAGGCUGACAGGAAGCGUUAAAGUGCAGCAGGCCAGAAAACAAGUCACUCCAAAGCCAGGACCAUCUGCCUACUCUGAGCCAGCCUACUCUCUGUACUCCACUGACUCAGAGGACCAGGUCACCACUCUCCACAAGGGUCUGGACCGCUGUGCUGCCUUGCUCAGUGGCAUCCUUCAGGCGGACAAGGCAGCCUCGCCAAGCCCUCCCAGAGCAGUGCCGGGUGGAGGAGCCAAAUCCAGACCAUCCACUUCGCUGGGGAAGAAGAGCAUCAAGAAACUACCUAGGAAGACAGUCCAGAAGAAUGCUCAGUCAUGCUCGCGUGGACCAGGAAGCACAACUCCGAGAACAACACCUCGGUCCCCUGUUCCGGCUGCGCACUCAGGAGUGAAGCUGCACCCACCUCAGAAGACACCCUGCAGCCUGCUACAGUCACGAAAGCCUCAGCACCUCUCCCCCGCCGUCCCUCCGCCACAUUCCCAGACCUCCGUCUUCCCUUCUAUGGUCCAGUCAUCCCCUUGCUCAGGCCAGCCGCCCCUCCACCACACCGACUGCCUGUCUGCAUCUGAAGCUCCACACACACCCUCUAACGCGGCGUGUGAUAGAGAAGAGGAGGAGUUGGCUCCUGUGAGAGACAUCGACGUCCAAAGUGUCGCCACAGACGCACACGCGGCCACCAGACAUGCACUGUCACACAUACACACCUGUGCGGUGUCAGAUGUGAUGUCAAACGUGCACCUGGAGCAAGGACAGGUUAAUAAAAUCCCUCAGGAGACACACGGCGGUGCAGAGGUGGAAGUGAAAGCGACGACGGUUCAGUAUCUGCUGGGAGAACUCAAGGCUCUGAUCGCUGGACAAGGCAGUGUAGCAGAGAGGCUGCUCAGUCAGCUGGAGCGGACAGUGUCCUCACCACCAAUGAGCAUUGGAAGCUCACAGAUCCAGACUGAGAGCAUUCCAGAUCCAUCAGCGCUACAAAGCCAAAACCUUCAGCUCCUCAGGCAUGUGGAGAUUCUAAACCAGCAGUUAAAGGAGAAAGAGAAAGCAGAGAGACAACAAGACGUGGAGCCGCUCUCUAACUCAGAAGUGAUGACCCUGCAGGGGCAGCUCAUCAGCGCUCAAUCCCGACUGCAAGAACUCCAGGGCGACCUCUCAGAACUACGGAAAGCCCUUCGAGACACGCAGAGCCAGCUGAGGGACAAAGAGGCGGAGAAUGCAGUUAUCAGGACAGACUUGGAGGCUGUUAGACGCAGGUUAGUGGACACUGAGCGAGAGAAGACAGAGUUGGAGUCACUCGCCCAACAAAGGCUGGAAGAGAUAGAAAACCUGAACAGGCUCCUUCAGAGUCUGGAUUCAUCAGAUUGUCCUACAGUUGUGGACAGCUCGGGGUCUGACGCCGUGCCUUUAAAACAACAGCAGUGCAGACAGCAUCCAGCAGAGCCCCCCACUGAACGCAUCGCUCAAUACCUCAUGUCUCUGGGCCAGAUGGACGCCAAACACACUGAUGUCUUAUCUCAGGAGUGUGACCAUCCUGUAGAGAUGCCAGCCCGUCUCCAAAGCUCUCAUCAGGACCAAUCGGGGUGUUUAGAUGAAGUCCGGUCAUGUGGGCGGCAGCUGGAGACACACCGCCGGCGACUGUUGGACUCCCGGUGCGAUGCGGAAUCUGUGUCCAACUGGAGCGUGAGGUCGGGGUCGACCUUUGACACCCGAGACGAGGCAGCGUUUCGAGACGGCCUGGCGGCUCUGGACGCCAGCAUCGCCAGCCUGCAGAAGACUAUUCAGCUGGACUUGAGGAGGUGAAACACACUCGGCUUCACGUCACAGCUUUCACACGAGCGUUCUCUGCGUUGUGUUCUCUCUUCUUCCUCUGUCGUUUCUUCUUUGUGAUCAUUUUUUAACGUGACAUUGCAGAUUAGAAAUAAAGCGUCA